AUGGUACUGAAAUUGUCUGGUUUGAAACAGACCAGUCACGAGUACAGUAACUCUAAGAAGGGGGCUAAGACGAACUCCCAUUCGACGAAUGCAUCCCAUCAGCUGCACCAACAACUGCUGCAACAACUGCAAUCGCAGCCACAGCAACUGCUGCAACAACACCUGCAACUGCAACUGCAACAACUGCAAUCCAAUCAUAAUCAAUUCAAAUCCAAUAAUUCUACGAGACGUGUAUGGGUCAAGAAGGUGAAUGGAACUCCUACGACUCUAAUUAUUAAUCAAGACUAUAUAGUAGACGAUUUAAAACAGGAUAUAAUGUAUAAGUUUCCCAAUUCAUUGGCCAAGAUAUAUGAUCCUGCUGACUUGCGUAUCAUAUUAGUUAGAAAUAAUCAAAACAGAAUUAACUUGGAACCUGACCAACUGGUAUGGACAAUCUUGGAUCAAUAUUUCCCUGGAGGAAUGACAAAGAAUAAUGCCUUUUUGAUAGAAGAACCCAUUCCUGAAGUAAAUGAACCUCAUUCCAAUGUCUCAAGAGGUAGUAUAGGAUCUUUAAGCUCUCCAUAUGAUAGUGUCCCUCAACAACAGAAUUCAACCCAACUUUAUCAUACUGCCAUGUCUCAACAACAUUAUCCUCAUGGUAAAAUCCAAAACACAACUAGAUCUACUACUCCUACAUAUUAUCAACCCAAACCACAAUAUUCUCAUCUGCCAUCAAAAUCAAUUGCUCAUAUUCCUGACAGAUCUGUAUCUCCUGCAAAUGUAACUCCCGGAAUACUUCAUAGACGUGCUCAUUCAAAUCCUUCAAGAUCUCCAUCAAUAGAUUCUAACUCUCAGGCAGUUUUGUUGUUACCUAAGAAUUUUUCAUUGAACCCAGCUAAUGGUGGUCUUAGUCAGGGUAAAAAGAAUUCAAUUAGUGGAAGGAAUAGGGAUUCAACAAGUCCAGAGCAAACUUUCCCUCAUAAAUCUGACUCGAUUGGACAACGUGAGAGUGCAAAGGACAAUUCAAUCGAUGCUAAAGUCAAUACUGAUUCAUUUAAUAUUUCUCAGCAGCCCGCAGGCGAGAUGAAGAGAAAGGUUUCAGAUUCUAAACGUGAAGAAGAUAAGAAUUCCAAUAAUUCUAAUAAUAAUGGUAGUGUGAGCAAAAUCAAUAACGGUAAUAGUAAUAAUAGUGGUCAUAUUGCCUCCAGUACUACAACGAAUAAUAAUAAUAAUAAUAAUAACAAUGGCAAUGUCAAUGGCAACAAUAAUAAUAACAAUAAUAAUAACAGUAAUAACAACAACAAUAAUAAUAAUAAUAAUAAUGCUAACAAUAAACUUACGAGAUCCAUUAAAGGACCUAAAUCAGCUACUGAUAGAGUGUUGCCAUCCAUUUCUGUACUAGUUGUAGAAGAUAAUGCUAUUAAUCAAGCCAUUUUAGGAGCUUUCUUAAGAAGACACAAGAUUCAUUAUCAAAUUGCUAAAAAUGGUCAAGAGGCUAUUGAUAAAUGGAGAAAAGGUGGAUUCCAUUUGGUAUUAAUGGAUAUUCAAUUACCAGUUAAAUCGGGAAUUGAAGCUACUAAAGAAAUACGACACUUGGAAAAGAUAAAUAAAAUUGGUGUAUUUGCAGAAAGUGAAUCUGCUAUAGUUGGAUCAUCACAAGAAAUUACUGAUAGUGAAAGAUUAGAUAUGGAUCUGUUCCGAUCUCCAGUCAUUAUAGUAGCACUUACUGCAUCUUCUAAUUCCUCAGUUGAUAGAAAAAAUGCAUUAAUGGCUGGAUGUAAUGAUUAUUUAACUAAACCAGUCAAUUUAGUAUGGUUGCAAAAUAAAAUUACCGAAUGGGGAUGUAUGCAAGCAUUAAUUGAUUUUGAUGGUUGGAAAACUGAAAAACUCCUCAAAUCAACAGAAAGUCAUGACUCGAUCCUCAAACCAACUAAACCAAAUGAUAUCAUGUCUUUGACCAGUAGUCAAAAAUCAGUUAUUACUUUAUAA